AUGAUAGUCCCUGUUCGCACGCUACUGUGCGUGUUUGCGCUUGUCUCUGCAUCUAGUGCCGUGGUUUACCGCCCCGAUAAAGGGAUGGUAUACCAGCGUCGCCAGACGGUUUCAUCGGCAGCUGCUAAAGCAAAGAGCUCCUCGCCUCCAUUUAAUUACGGCAACCCAUCGCAAGACUACGACGGCGUGGUCGAUUACGAUGCCAAGGGUACUCCCAAGCUGGACACUCCUGUGAACCAGACGUCGGUGUCGCGCAUGGCAACUGUCAACAGCCUGGAUGACUUUUGCAUGUUUGGUCCGCUUGACUUGGAUACCCCCAUCUCUGAUCAAGAAGAACGUACGGUGGCCUGGUGCACCAAGCCCCGUAAUAAUGCGCGCGUUAUCCCAGACGGCACGCUCACUGCUGUGCAUUUCGUUAAGACGGAUCUUUACAUUCAGAUCAUGGCUCUUGGUGAUUUCACGAAGAUUGGUAUCAAGGCCGGCGACUCGGGUGGUGAACUUGACCCCCACGGUGCUACUGGUAAGGGCAACCCCAUCGGUGGCGUUGUCUCGUCGAACAUCACAGGCAAGGACGUGUUUUACAAGGAAUGGAUGAACUAUGUGGGUCACAAUAUCAUGUGCUUCCGUGUUUGCACGGCUGGCUCUGAUCAGGCCAAGCCUCAGACUGAGUGCGAACAUACGCUGGACGAAAUGGGCUGCAACUGGAUCAUGCCAGGUGACUACAGUCCUGAUGCCUUUGACAGCUGUGAGGCUGAUCCCGCCUACCCACCUGGUAUCUUUGUCGAGAAUGGCUCUACGUCGUCAUUCCAACAGUACGCUACCGGUCUUUGGACGCUGAAUGGUGAGCGCAAGACGUAUACGAACGGUAAAAAGGGCCAAAAGACACCAUCUGCUGCCCAGUCCUUGCCGGCCUCGUCGAACUGCAAGCCGGGUAAAUCGCCAGCCAAUGGCAUUGCUUCGCUUUCAAAGAGCGCUGAACAGAGGAAGAAACAGGCUGAAAAUGCUGGUGGCUCGAAGAGUGCAGGUGGCAGCAGCGACAAGCGUAACAGCAACGACAGUUCCAACAAGAAUGGUUCGGAUUCCAGCUCCAGCUCCAGCAACAAACACGGUGGUGACAAUGCUAGCAACAUCAACAAACCUCUAAUGUCCGUUGUGGCCCUGGCCGUGACUGCCGUGGCUGGCUUUUUUGUCAUGUAA